AUGAUGGCUGCGGAUGCUGCGGAUGCUCUCUGCUGCAUCCUGCAUCCGCACCGGCUCUCUCUCCUCUUCCUCACCGUCACCCUCUCCUCUCUGCCGGCCGCGACAGCAGCGCUGCUCGGCGUCCGGCCGGAGGACACCCAGAGCGGAGAGCUAUCCGUGCAGGACGGGGUGCUGAGGGCGGUCGAGGGGACUCGCUUCAUCCUGAGGGUUUACUACUCCGCAUCUCCUGCUACGGAGCAUCCCAACAGCCUGAACAUCAGCGGCAGGACUGACGCCGCUCCGUGGAUCGCGUUUUUAGAGGAACCAGUUGGGGACAGCGGGGACACGGAGGGCCAGCUCCGGUCCACAGGGAACCCCUGCGAAGAGGAGGAUGUCCGGAGCUCAGACAUCGAGCUUCUGGGCUCUUUCAGAUCUGCCUCAAGUCACAACUCAGUUUUGGUGGAGCUGCUCGCAAAAGACCUGCGCAGAGGCGAGGUGAUCAAAUACUACUCCAUGUGCGCGUUUGAUGGAGUGAAAUGGGAACAUUUCAGCACCAAAGACUUCUGGUUGGCGGUGGUGGAGAGACCUCCAGAGGCAGAUGUUUGGCUCCAGGCAGGUGUCUCGGUUCUCUUGUUGGGACUGUCCGCGCUCUGCAGCGGUCUGAACAUCAGCAUGCUGGCUCUGGACCCUGUGGAGCUACGGGUUCUGCAAAACAGUGGCACAGAGAAGGAGCAGAAAUACGCACGGAAGAUAGAGUCGGUGCGUAAACAUGGAAACUACAUCCUUUGCACUGUGGUGCUUGGCAACGUGCUUACAAAUACGUGUUUUGUGGUGUGGAUGUGCCAGAUUUUAGGAAUGACUGCUCUCUCAACUGCCUCGUGUACUUUGGGGAUAUUCUUCAUCGGCGAGAUCUUACCUCACUCCCUGGCGUCCAGGCACAGUCUCGCCAUCGCCUCCAAGACCCUCUGCGCGACCCGCCUGCUGAUGCUGGUGUUUUUCCCCAUAGCCUACCCGGUCUCGAAGAUACUGGACAUCAUGCUGCACCAGGAGAUCAGCAGCUUCUACACCAGGGAGAAGUUGGUGGCCAUGCUACGCGUCACAGAUCCGUACCACGACCUUGUCAAAGAGGAGCUCAACAUCAUCCAGGGAGCCUUGGAGCUGAGGACCAAGACCGUAGAGGACGUGCUGACCCCGCUGUCGGACUGCUACAUGCUGUCUUCGGACGCCACGCUGGAUUUCUGCACCAUGUCGGACGUGAUGCAGAGCGGUUUCACUCGGAUUCCGGUCUACGAGAACGAGAGGUCCAACAUCGUGGACAUCCUGUUUGUCAAAGACUUGGCCUUCGUGGAUCCCGACGAUUGCACUCCCCUAAAAACAAUUACUCAGUUUUACAAGCAUCCCAUGCACAGCGUGUUCAACGACACCAAGCUGGAUGUGAUGCUGGAGGAAUUCAAGAGAGGCAAGUCUCACCUGGCUGUGGUGCAGAGGGUGAACAGCGAAGGGGAGGGAGACCCCUUCUAUGAAGUGAUGGGCAUCGUCACCCUGGAGGACGUCAUAGAAGAGAUCAUCAAGUCUGAGAUUGUGGAUGAGACAGACCUGUAUACUGAUAAUCGGAACAAAAGACGAGUGUCCAACCACGAGAGGAAAAUGCAGGAUUUCUCCAUCUUCAAACUGGCAGAAAAUGAGCUGAAGGUGAAGAUCUCGCCACAGUUGCUGCUCGCAACACACCGCUUCUUGGCAACAGAGGUGGAGCCUUUUAGGCAGUGUCACCUGUCAGAGAAGAUCUUGCUGCGUCUCAUCAAACAUCCCAGCAUUGUGCAGGAACUCAAGUUCAACCCGAAGAACAAACACGCACCUCAACACUACCUCUUCCAGAGAAACAAAGCUGUGGACUACUUUGUCCUCGUUCUGCAGGGACGGGUGGAGGUAGAGAUAGGAAAGGAGGCUCUUCGCUUUGAAAAUGGAGCUUUUUCCUAUUAUGGCAUGCCUGCACUCAUCACGCCCUUGCCUAUUGGUAAGUCCAGGUAUAGUUCCCGGGGCAGUGGUCUGAACCAAUCAGAUUCAUUACUGAGUGGAGGCAGCGUGGGACAGCUCACUACAGGAGGAGGGGUCUACAUACCGGACUACUCUGUCCGACAGCUCACAGACCUGCAGAUCAUUAAGAUCACCAGGAACCACUACCAGAACGCCCUCAUGGCCACCAGGAUGGACAGCUCCCCUCAGACACCAGACCCCAUGGAUCCUGAUGCUAAAGGGAGGCCGGCGGUCCCAGAGGCCCGCUCACACAGCAUCGCCCUCCCCCUCACACACACACACACUCGUCUGGGGCUGGCACGCCUUGCACAUCUCCAUCCCCACGGUGGCCUUCGCAACACCUCCCAGCUCAAUGAGAGAAACCGGAUCGUCCGCAGUAAAUCUGAUGGGCAGAGGAGUCCAAAUGAUUCGGUUUUCCUCCGCAUGGAUGAGAUUCCCUACAUCCACGAGGACCGGCCAGAAAAUUAUGGAGAGAAUGACGUGCCUACAGAGUCUCAACCCUCCACCUCUCCCUUCAUCAGCUCUCUGUCUCUGUCCAGCUCGGAGGAGAACAUCGGGAAGAAGCUGUUGCGUAAAUUGAGUAACAAGAGGAGGAAAAAGUCUCAGGAUGGAGAAAAGAGUUUGGAGGAAGGUUCAGAGCAACCACCAGUGAUGUGCUAGCACAGUGACACAGAGGAGGAGGGAUGAAGGUUCCUACUCUUCAUCCCUCACUGGUUCUCCUUAUUAAGCAACCGCCCCCCCUCAUAGACUCCCUCCAUGCUCCG